GCACAGCAGGGAAGGGGUUAUUUUUCCUUGGGCAGAGAAUCGGCUAAGUCCAAGGCUCUGAUUGUCCCCUUUAAGUCCAUCUCAGGUUUCUCAGGGAACUUCCUGAGUGACAGAUGACAUCACUGGAGGUGUGACCGACUGAUGAUGUGGAGCUGUGUGGCUUUGCUGGUCGAGCAAAGAGAGGAAUUCUUCUGUAGCACAAGGCUAUGAGUGUUCUCCUCUGUACUAAGUUCAGGUCAUGAAGGGGAUGUCUGUGGCAGAGAUAGAGACGAAGUGCAGUGACAAGAGGGACACACACAGAAAUCAGAGGACUUCACAAGCAUGCAGUGAGGCUGCCCGAGGGGUGUGGAGAGCUGAAUUUGAAUUGCAUCUGCGACAGGCUGAAAGUAAAACGAUGCCCGCAUGGAAAUCACACAACCACGUCUUCUCCUCUUGCUGCCCGUAAAUGAGGAAGCCGACUGCUCUCGAUGUCUUGAGGUUGAUCUCUUUUUGGUGAGUUCCAGUUCUCCGCGACGCAAGGAAAUUUUCAGGCAGUACAAGAAUAUAAUGCAACCCCAGGACAGGCGACCCCAUGGAGUGACUUGUAACAAGUGUCAGAACGUGCAUGCUGAUUAGACUUGUUGAACCGAUUUACAUUCCCGUUGCUUUUGUCUGUCUUUCAAACUUCUUAAACCUGCUGGGAAAAAAAGAAAGAAAAGAAAAAAUAAAUUGACUUUUUUUUGUAUUGCUGAAUACAGAGGCAUUUAUGGCCACUGCUGACCGCUGUGCCUGGGCACCGACGGUAGACCUACGGCAUCUAAUGUUUGUUCAUGUUGCAUUAUAUAGGCAAGGAUGAAAGGAGACAGUUUCAUGUUUUUCCCAAAACUACGAGGAUGGAGACCUUGUUGGAGGGCACGCUGGAGGGCUGUUAAGUCACAGAUUCUUGCAGCCAGUUUGAUCUGCACGGUACUUUUUGUAUAUGCAUGUACACAGGAUUUAUUGCAAAGUCCUGUGGAUUUUUCCUUGCUGUGGGGAACGUCUUCUCCACCAACACAGGUGACUCUCCUAAUCUGGUACGAGCCCUUUGGCAAACUGAGACGGCUUGGAGACUGCCGCGUCCUUUUCAACAUCACCGGUUGUCACCUAACCACCAACAGGAGCCUUGUGCAAGAGGCUGACACCAUCUUGUUCCAUCACCGGGACAUUGGAGACUUUGAGGAUUUUCCUUUCGAAAAACGCUUACCUUCCCAGAAAUGGAUCUGGAUGAACUUUGAAUCUCCGUCACAUUCCUCUUGGUUGUCCUCCCUAAGUGGAAUAUUCAACUGGACCAUGUCCUAUAGAGUAGACUCAGAUAUAUUUGUGCCAUACGGCUAUUUAUUUUCCAGGAAACGCUCAAAAAUAAUACUCCCACGGAAGAAAAAGUUGGUGGCGUGGGUUAUAAGCAACUGGAACGAGGACCACGAAAGAGUUCAGUAUUACAACCAACUGAGGGAGUACAUAGAUAUCGAUAUCUUUGGGCACUACGGGAUAGAUUUGAAACAGGAUAACAUUGUAAAAACUGUGUCGGAAUAUAAAUUUUACCUCGCCUUCGAGAAUUCACUGCACACAGAUUAUAUCACAGAAAAACUAUGGCGGAACGCCUUCAAGUCUAGCGCGGUCCCUAUUGUCAUGGGCCCUAGUCGGUACAACUAUGAGAUGUUCAUCCCACGAAACUCCUUCAUCCACGUGGAUGACUUCUCAAGUCCCCGCAAGCUUGCCAUGUACUUGAAAUAUUUGGAUAAAAACAUGCACAUGUACCGGAGGUAUUUCACGUGGAGGAAGAGGUACGAUGUUCACGUGACCUCGUUUUGGGACGAACAUUAUUGCACAGCCUGCGAAACUGUGAAGGCAGGUGGAAGUCAGCAUCGAACGGUAACAGAUCUUGCAGGAUGGUUUGAAAGUUGACAACACUUCUGAUUAAUGAGAAGCUGUGAAAUUGCAUAGGCUCCAUUGUUUCAUAAAAAAAAAUUGCUGACAUCAGAUUUAAAGCUCUGUUCCACUGCAUGGGAGAACAUAGUCUCAAGCACAGACCAAACUACAAACACGAUACAGUUCCCUAACCAAACACAUUUCUUGGCAUGUUUUGCACAGUGGACCCAUCAUGCUUGAAUAGGAACUCAAAUAUUUUUUUUUUUUUCGUGAAGUGGACGAAAAAUAUCUCUUUUAUUGAUAACUGUUAAAGUAACUUAAUGUCUUCAGGUUCAGUGACGCAUUUUUAUUUUUAUUUCUAUUUAUGCAUUUGUGAUUUAUAACGGAUGUGUUUUUAACUUAAGAUUUUCAAAAGUAAGUUAUUUUGUGGCUAAAUUAUUAUAUUUUUUUUAAUGAAUGAAUGAAUAUGCCAUAAAGAAAAUAUGACUGUUAAUGUUUGUGACAUUGUAACAAAUUACUUGAAAGCUUUAAAGGACCACUAUGCAUAAAUGA